UGAAUGCCCAUUUCUAUUGAAAGGUGUAAAGGGCAAUGAUGGUUGGACUGUCUCUGUCCAUAAUGGCACUCACAAUCAUCCCCCAGCGGUGUACUUGGAGGGGCAUUCGUAUCCUGGAAGGUUGUCGGCGGAGCAAACUGCCACGUUGGUGGAUUUGUCAGUCGCUAUGGUUAAACCCAAACAAAUUCUAAGUCAAUUAAAGGGCAAUGAUCCUUCGAACGUCACGACAAUCAGACAUGUGUACAAUGCACGACAUAAGUACCGAGUGAUAGAGAAAGCCGGGAGAACUCAAAUGCAACAUCUAAUGGCUCGGCUACAACAUUUUAGCUAUGUGAAUUGGGAUCGUUCGAACAAGGAUGGGAAUGUCACAGACUUGUUUUGGGCUCCCCCUUGCGCUAGUGAGAUGUUACGUGCUUUCCCUCGAGUGUUAAUGAUGGAUUGCACGUACAAGACAAAUAGGUACAGGUUUCCAUUGCUGCAAAUUGUUGGCGUAACAUGUACGGAGUUGACUUUUAACGUAGCCUUUGCUUUCAUUGAGUGUGAAAAGGAGGAAAACUACACUUGGGUGUUGGAGAAGUUAAAGGGAAUGAUGGAUGCUGAUGCGCUUCCGGUUGUUAUCGUUACGGAUAGGGAGUUGGCGCUUAUGAAUGCCAUCAGAAGUGUUUUCCCUCAUGCUACCAAUCUUCUAUGUAGGUUUCAUAUCUCAAAGAACGUCUUAGCUAAGUGUAGAAAGAUGUUUGAUGACAAGACGUGGGAGGAGUUUAGUUGUAGCUGGGGCCUAGUUGUCCUUUCAGCGAGUGUUACACAGUAUGAGGAGCGCCUUCGUGCUUUGAAGCGUGAUUUUCAAAUGUUUCCUGCAGCACUUGAUUAUGUGGAGAAAAAUUGGUUAAUACCUUAUAAAGAGAGGUUUGUUGGAGCUUGGACGGAUAAAGUCAUGCAUUUUGGUAACCUAACAAGUAAUAGGUAAAUGUUUUAUUCGCAAUUUAAGCACUUUCUUUUUGCAUUUCAAGUAAAAUCCAUAUAUGUUAUUUGAUAUGGCUAACGUCUGGAUAUAUUUAUUUUUUCGUAGGGCGGAGAGUGCACAUGCUGCGCUAAAAUAUCAGCUAGAGCACUCCCAAUGUAACUUUGACAAUAUAUGGGAGAAAAUGCACCGACUUAUUUUGUUACAAGAAACUGAAGUCAAAGCUUCUUUGGAGAAGAGUCUUACUUCUAUCCCACAUGAAUUUAGCAGUCCUCUAUUUGAGAUAUUGAGGGGAGUUGUUUCGAAGAAUGGCAUGACACAUGUUCUGGCCGCGUCCCGUCAAGUGGAAUGGAUUGUGGAAUCGAACCAUGUGUGCGAGUGUGCUUUGAGGUACACCCACAGUUUACCUUGCGCUCAUGAGAUUGCUCCUUACAAGACGAAAAAUAUCCCCCUACCGCUUCAGUUAAUACACGACCAUUGGAAGAGGCUGUCUUUGGUUCCAGCCCAGAAUGAUGCUUCGUUGGGGGAGACAAUGAAGGCUAAGUUUUAGAUUUUCUACGAUAGAUUUGUUAGUGAAAAGCCUGAUGUCCAGCGCCAUAUGUUCAAAAAGUUCGAUGAGGCUAUCAAUCCGGAUUGCACUACCCUUGUUGAACCCCAAGAGAAGGCAAAGUCACGCGGUCGCAUGUCAACAAAAGAAAAAAAUGCAGCCAAAGUGAAAAAUGCAACUAAAGUAAAAAAUUCGACACGUAGGAAUCCUUCGGAGUUUGAGCACGUUUUGGCCUCCCUUCAACCCUCCCUUGAAACCCCCAAGGCAGUCAAAGAGAAACCACGGCGCAAUCCGAAAGCCAAAGAAAAAGUUACAGCACAAGUUUCAACAUGCCACUUCAUCGAUCAAUUUCCGAAACCAAUAAGACCUUACAUCGAAUCGGUUAAGGAUGUUGAAUCUGAUGGGAAUUGUGGGUUCCGGGCAAUAUCGGCCUUCAUCAAUGAAGAUUGCAAUGAGCAUGAGUGGAAACAGGUAAGAAUUGAUUUGCUAAGAGAGUUGGAUGCAAAUUUUGACCUGUACGAAAGAGUGGCAUUGAGGAGCGGGAGGGCUUGGGAAUUACAUUGCAUUUUAAAUUGGCAUGAAAGUCCUGCACCACAGGCUAAGUGGAUGACAAUGCCGGACAUGGGUCAUCUCAUAGCCUCUACUUAUAACUGUGUCCUCAUCCACUUAUCAAAACUACAAUGCCUUACGUUCCUUCCCCUUCGAUCUAAACCCUUACCCUCCAUGAAGCGAAAGGUUAUUGCUAUUGGAUUCGUCGAUGGGGGACAUUUUGUACAGGUGUUCCUUAAAAAGGGUUCCCCCAUGCCGCCAAUAGCUUGCAAUUGGACAAUCUAUCGCGACUCUAUAGCAAAAAAUUGGGAUGUACCAUAUGUCAAGGCCAUUCAAAAGUUCAAGGAGAUCAUUGGCAAUGACGUUGCAACAAAGGAGGUCAUCGAUGUGGAUUAGGCAUUUUUAUUUGUCAAAUGUAUCUUGGACUUUGUGCUGCUAUUUUGUUUUAGAAUGGUGAUUGGACUUUGGAUCUUAAUAUUUGACAAAUUGUAGUUGUACGUAUUUUGGUACUUAUGGAUGAAUGUUG